AUGAGAGAUAUGGUUCAUUUUAUCAUAUGGCACACGAGACAGGUUUUUGCAAAAAACUUGCUGCAGGAAUUUGCUCAGAAAACGAACUAUGCAUUACCAGUUUAUCAUUGUCAAAAGGUUGAGACUCCGGGUAGGGGAUCAUCGUAUUCUUGUACUGUUGAGACUGGCGGAAUGAAAUAUAUUGGAGGAGCGGCAAAAACCAAAAAGGAUGCUGAGAUUAAAGCUGCCCGUACUGCUUUGUUAGCUAUCCAGGCUAAUUAUUCUUCAGCUGAGUCUUCCGAUGAUGAUUCGGGGGAUGAUGAGUUGGUGCUUACUGAUAAUGUUGGAUCUGGUAAUAUCAACAAUGGUAGUGUCUUUAAAGCAACCGAUUUUGUAGUUUUAUCAGCUGAAGACAUAGAUCCUAAAUGCCAUGUGGAGGAUAAUGUUGAACCUGGUGAUAUCAAUUGUGGUAGGCACGUGAAAGCAACCGAUUUCGAAGUUUUACCAGCUAAAAUGACGCAUUCUAAAUAUAUUGAGGCUGAUAAUGCUAGACCUGGAGAUAUCAACAAUGGUGUCCUCAAAUCAACUGAUUUUGAAGCUUUACCAGUUGGAGUGGAAAAUUCCAAAUGUGACGCAAGUGAUGGAUGUUUCCCUGAUGUGGGAGCUGAUUCAAUCCCCUAA